AUGACAGCCAACUCGGCCUGCCAGCACCAGCACGAUGCGCGAAUCAAUGGCGUCACCAAAACCGACGCCCCGGUGACGGCCCAUGCCACAAUACCGCGGGCUUUGCCUGCAAUAUGCUUCGACCUGCGAGCAAAGAUUGAUGCAUUCCUCUCGGAACAACCCGACGAUGAUGUCUUGCGCAACGUGCAGCGCCAAAUUCGAGUGUCCAUGGGCGUGAUUCAUGAGUCGCUGCGCCGAUAUGGGCGGACUGACCCGCACGGGGAGUUCCUGACACAUUUUGACCCCACGGACGAUGGCUGGCCGCAGUUUAUGCGUGUCCACCCCGUCAUCGAUUGGCAUUACGUCGAGAUCUGGGCAAUGUUUUCAAGACUCCGUUAUCCGUAUCGCUCAGCCCUGAAGGUUACACAGGCGGGGAGGGGCUCCACUGUGGAAACUGGUUGGCAGAAGUCUCAGGAGGUUCAAGUUGAUCUUGGAAACACUUGA